AUAUUUUCAUAAACACUAAACAAAGUGGAAAGUCAAAGGUCUGUUAAAAUGUAGAAAAAAACUUAUGAGUUUUAUGUGUAAAAAUGGAUACAAAGACAGCAAACAAACUAAUUAAGGCUGUAGAUAACAACCAACUUAAAUACAUCGCUCGAAAAUUGUUAAUGAAAAGGCGCUUGGUACAACAAACUUUAAUUGGUUCAGAUAAUCUUUUGACAUACAGUAUAAGAGGAGGAAAACUAGACUUUGUGAAACUUCUUCUAUUCUAUGGAGCUGAUGUGAACUAUAUGUGCAGCUUCUACAGAAGUCCAUUACAUUUAGCUGUUGAUGAACAACUUUAUAAUCCAAAAAUAGCAAAACAACUGCUAAAACAUGGAGCGGAUGUGUCAUUACGCGAUGACGAUGGCAACACAGUCUUACAUGAGGUUGCAAGAUAUCAAUUUGGAGAUGACCUUCUCAAACUCUUACUCUCACACUGCAAACAGACCGAUAUCAACGCGACUAAUAAAAAUGGAGAAACGCCGUGUCUUGUAGCUGCUAAAGCUCAAAAUGUCACCAAGGUUAUUUUCUUCUUGGAACAUAGCAUGGCAACUGGUGAAGUUAACAUAGAAUCCAUUUUACACAAAGCAAUCGACACGAAGCAGUUACCUAUCAUUAAAAUAGUGGCAGCAUAUAGUGCUCUUCAUCCAUUAAAUAAACACAAUCAAACACCGUUUCUUUACGCGUUAUACAAAAAUAUAAAAGAUAACGCUAUUCUAGAGUUCUUGCUUCAAUUGACGACCAAUAUAAACUGCCAUGAUACACACGGUAAUACGCCUCUUCAUUUUGCCAGCUACAAUAAUAACGCUGACAUUGCACUAUUAUUGAUCAAAAAUGGCGCGGACGUUACGUAUCGUAAUACAAUCGGUAUGUGUCCAAUGCAUAUUGCUGCAUUUGAAGGGCACGAAGAAGUAAUGACAAAUCUAUGUUUCUCCAACGGUAUGCAAACCACAGGCUUGCAAAUGAAAGAUAGACAUGGAAGAACACCGUUAAGAAUUGCUUGUAUUACCCAUCGCAAGGAGAUUAUCAAAAUCAUUUUAAGAGCAUACAUAGUUAAAUCGAAUAUACGAAAAAAAAGAGAUGUAUUAACCAAUCUUCCAGGAAUUUUAACGAUUCUUUUUGGGCCUCAUAACAAACAUUUGGCUAACUUAAAUGCUGGAAUGGUUCUUCAAAACUCUAUUUUUAAGGCACUCGAGAACGCUGCUAAUAUCAAUGAAAUAGACGCCUUUGGUAAAACACUGCUGCUUAAAGCUGUCGAAACAAGACAGUACGAACUUGUGGAAAUGUUGAUUAAAAAUGAUGCCAAUGUAAACAUCCAGGAUUGCAGUGGCAACACAUGUUUGCACGUAGCAGCGGAGCAAAGAUCAUUCCAAAUUUUCUUCCUUUUACUAAAGCAUGGAGUCAUAACUGAAAUUCAGAACUCACUGGGUCAGCUUCCUUUGCAUGUUGCAUUCGAGUACAGGUUUCACCAAGGUGUUUCAGAGCUCUUGAAAUAUCACGGAAGUAAUUCAAAAAUUGUAGUAGAUGUUGACGGAAAUACAGUCCUUCACACUGCAAUAGAAAAUUAUGAUUUUUCUGAUUUGGCGUUUGAUAACCUGCAAGAACUACUUUGGUUAUACCCUGGCAUUAAAUCUAUUCAAAAUUUUGCUAAAGAAACUCCGUUAAUUACGGCAACUAAAAGUGGUCGGACAGAGAUUGUUUCGUUGCUGCUGACGCAUAAUGUUGACGUCACUAAAUGUGAUCAAGUUGGUUUAAACGCUGUUGAUUACGCUUUACUAAACAAGCAAAAGGAUAUCAUUUUUGCCUUGAUAUCCUCAAAUCAUGUAGAUGUAAACAACCUCAAUAAAAAAGGCGACUCGAUACUUCAUUUAGCAGUAAGGGCGAAAAAUGAGAUGGUCAUAAAUUUGUUGCUUCAGAGGAAUAAAUCACAGCUAAAAAUAAACAAACAAAAUUCAGAUGGAGACACAGCGUUGCACUUAAGUUUCAAUGAUCAUGUUGAUCUUUCAGCAGCUGAAAUGCUACUAAAGAAAGGUGCAUCUCCAUAUGUAAAAAACAAGAACAACGAAUCUGCUUUGACACUAGCGUCCAAAAAGAGGGAGAUUACUCUUACAAGUUUAUUUUUCUUUUUACUUGACGAUACUGUUACUGAUUCGCUGGCAAGUGAUUUUGGUUGCCCUAUUUGCUAUGAAAUUCCGAAGACAAUAUUUAAGUGUGAAAAUGGACACGAUUUUUGUGCUGAAUGUGCAACGAAAUUAGAGCUCUGCCCAAUGUGCAGGGUAUCACUUCUCUUUAAUUGCUUGCGUAAUACCACGAAGGAAGCGAAAUUAUCUGAUGCCAUUUUCGAAAAAUUGAUAAAAUUGAAGCCACAACAUUCGUAGCAUGACAGACUAACACGUGACAUUAAAAUGAGAAAACUGUUUUAUUUUUUUAUUAUUAACACAUUUUUUUUUAAUAUCUAGUAAGGUUCUUUUUUUGACAGAUUGACAACUUACCUUUCGUAGUCCAAACAAAAACCUUCAUGCUUAAAUAUUGCGUGCGGAUACUGCGGAUUGUAAUAAAAAUGCACAUUAAAAAUGAUAGAUUAUAUGUAUUAAUAAAUAUAUAUAAAAAAAUUCGAAGUUUCA